UGUCAAACCAAAGUAAAACAUCGAAGCUUACCGGCAACCUCUGUGGCGAUGAGGGGACCAAUCAAGUCCGCCAUAGCCGAUGGCAUCCUCACCUUCAUGUGGAUCUUCUGUGCGUCGUCGCUCGGUGCCCUUACGCUCGUGGUCUCCUCCGCCCUCGGUGUGGCCCAGGGCCUACCCACCCUCGUCAUAACCACUCUCCUCGUCUUCAUCCUCCUGUUCGUAUUUGGAUUCAUCGGAGAUCUAUUGGGUGGGGCCACCUUCAACCCCACCGCCACUGCCGCCUUUUACGCCGCCGGCUUCGGUGGCCCUGACUCUCUGUUCUCUGCCGCCAUCCGCUUCCCAGCUCAGGUCGCCCUAAACUCUUCUCCAUUGCUUGUUCUUCUAUCCCUUCACCCUUACCUCUUUUCGUUCACUCAUAAUAUACCGUUAAUUGGGAUCAUUAUGUUCGGCGACGAUUUAAUCACUAGGGCAGCUGGUGCAGUGUGUGGUGCACUUGCGAUUUUGGAGGUUAUGCCUAUACAGUACAAACACAUGCUUGCAGGUCCUUCCCUGAAGGUUGACUUGCACACCGGAGCAAUUGCUGAGGGCGUUUUGACUUUUGCAAUCACCUUUGCGGUCCUCCUUAUCAUCAUCAGGGGUCCUAGAAGCCCAAUUAUAAAGAACUUGUUGCUAGCUAUGUCAACGGUAUCUCUAGUCGUUGCGGGUGCUAGUUAUACAGGGCCUUCCAUGAAUCCUGCCAACGUAAGCUACACGUCUCCUUAUAAGAAUGAGAUACCAUGUAGUGCUGCACCUAAAAAGAGAAUCAAGGAAAUUAAAGCAUUUGGCUGGGCUUACAUAAACAAUAAGCACAAUACAUGGGAGCAAUUAUAUGUGUACUGGAUUUGUCCCUUUGUUGGAGCAAUACUGGCUGCAUGGGUCUUCCGUUUUCUGUUUCCACCUCCAACAAAGCAGACAAAGCAGAAGAAAACCUGAGAGCUCAUAUAAAUUUAACUUGAGAUAUGUGGAUAUUAAUUUGUUCAUCCUCAAGUUUUAUUCCAUUUUAGUACUCUUGUUAUUAGUUUUAUUUUUAUUAAUAGAUUGCUCCAGCUAAACGUUGGCAUGUUAGCGAGAACUCUUCCUGUGGCAGAAUUGAAGUUUGGAAUAAAAUUUCAGUUGGUUGCAACAUCUUGCUACUUCUUUUUACAUUUUUUCUUGCCAACAAUGUAACAAGCAUGCAUUUAAAACUAAAGCAAAUUCUGCAUUUCCGAAUGGUACCAAGCCUUUUCUCCCCCGUCUGGCCAGUUGAAUUGACUCAUUUGAGAAUGUAUUUGUAUCUUGACAACAAAGAACUAUUCAGAUGAAAUGGA